AUGGCGAAAGAGGUGUUCACCCUCGAUGGGGGUAAAAUAUCUGAGUUCGAACGACUGGGGUUGAAGAAUUUUGACUUUCUUUCCUGUGACGAUGAGGGGAACAAGGAAGAGAUGGUGAGGACGUUGGAGAAUAUUCAUUUGAGUUACCUCCUGGGAGGGUGCAACGUGAUAAGUACGAACACCUUCCAAGUCAACCUACACAGUUUACACGAAAAAGGAAUAAGCAUAGAGGAGGGACAAGGUAUAAUCGAUACGUACAUUGACAUUGCUCAUAAUGCUUUGCUCAAAUAUGAAGGGAUAAAACGGAGUGAGAAUUUUCCACUCCUGGGGGGGAUACAAAAGGAGGAGUCUUCUUCGCCUUAUGAACAUGUGGAAUGCUUCAACAAAGUGAGAAACCAUUUAGGGAUCCUUCACCCAAACGAUUGUGUCAACAUAAGGGAGUACGUGGACAGCUUCCAUUUGAAUGAGGGAGUGUGGAGGGGAAGCCCCAUCAGGAGGUGCCAGGACCACUACGUGGCCUUUUCCACUGGGGGGUACAGCUCGGCCUUCCGUGAUUUUAGCGAGUACUCUGGGGUGCUGCACAAGGGAAGAAAGGCGGCCAUGGCCAACUCAGGCGACGCGGAAGUGGUUUCUUCGGGCAAGGCCGCUGAACCGCGCAGGGCGACUAAACAGCACACACAACGGUACGACAUCAUAAUAAAGACGCCCCUGCACGGACAGGAGGAAGUGCCCGAUAUAGAAAUGGUCCCCGCGGGGAAUACAAAUAGGACGUGGACGAGUGACAGCAGUGGCAGAAGUGACACCUGUGAACCCUCGAGGGACGCGUUGGCGCAGAGACACCUGUUCAACUACGGGCUGGAAUACUACAUAGAUGUAGGGGACGAAGAAAUAAUUUCCAACUGCAAAUUUAAAAUAGAAUCAUACAAAAGAAACGCAAAAAAGCUGCAUCUAUUUUCGCUAAUCACGUCUUCUAACAUACGAGAAGUAUUUACCCUUUAUAACCACUUAAAGAGUUGUGGAAGCUAUUUUGGACGAAACGUGGUCAUAAGCUUCUACUGCAACAGUGACCAGAACAUUGGUUGCUCAGACUACUCCUUCGUGGACAUGGCGUUGAUUCUUUUAUACUUAGAUUCAAGGAACCAUUUUAUUAAAGCUAUCGGACUCAACUGUUUAAACAUCCGUUACGUGCGAGAGUUGAUUGCUCCCUUGAAGAGGUGCAUUGGCUCAGAUGGUAACAUCAACAUGGAAGCUUAUGAAAGUUCAAAUGAAGAAUUGAGGGGGUUUGUGAAGACCAUUUUAAAGGACUUAAAAAAAAAUAGCUAUUUGGGGGAUGUUCAUUUUUUUGCUUCACCAAACAAAUCGCUUAAUCGAGUUACGUAUGAUUACUCCACAAACGACGUGCACUUUGAGGUCACUCAGAACAGAGACAAGCACGUGUAUAAUUAUGUUGGGGAUUGGCUCGAUGUCGGUGUUAGUGGGUUCGGCGGGUGCUGCUACUACAACCCCUACGACAUUUCGCUGCUGGACUACAGGUUGGGCGAGCUGGCCAGGAGGGGGUGA